AUGGGAGCCAUCCUCCUCGAAGGGCAUCUUGUUGUCGAGGAUAUCGAGCAAUGGUGCUUGCGGAAGGGCCGCCGAGGCGGCAUCGACGCGGUAUUGGCAGUCGUAUUCUUCAACACGGACCCUGCUGCCGAGGAAUAUGUCCGAAUCAAAGCGCACGUUGCUGAAAAGGCGGGUGUCGGGUAUUGGGUUUGCGAAAUAUCUCCCGAGGCCUCCUCGGUCGAAGUCCAGAAGCAGAUUCAACAACUGAACGAGAACGAGCAGGUCCACGGUAUACUCGUUCAGCGCCCGUUACCGGAACAUCUCAACGAGCCCAAGAUCAUGGCGUCCAUCAGCCCGGACAAGCACGUCGAGGAAUAUUGCGAGGGGCAGCCCAGCAACAUUGCGGCCGACGCCCUCGGUCGCCUCCUCUCCGAGCAUGGGAGGAGCCGUGUGUUGUGUCAGUCCGUCGUGCAUGUCGUGGGGUUUGGCAAUAUCAUCACCGAUAGUUUUACGUCACACAUGAGGCGCCACUACCCCCGGGUCAGCGUUUCUCCAAGUCUUCCCAAAGUCACCUCGGAGCAGGUUGACCGACCGGCCGUGCUCAUCACGGAACUUCAUCGCGGGCCUGGCUUCAUCAAGCCAUGUAUGAUUCGUCCCGAGGUGAGGGUUAUUAUCGACCUUGGCUUUUAUUCCACGGAAGAGGGCAUCGUGGUUGGGGACGUUGACCACGCAGUGUUUGAGAAGAAUGGGCUUGCCGUCGCUCCGACACCCGGUGGUGUGCUGCCUGUCCUGCCGUGGUUGAUGAUGGAGAGGACUAUUCGAGCAAAACGGCUCUUGACCCGGAAGGAGUCGCGAUUCUGCUGCACAUGUCAGUAG